UAAUCCCGUUAGAAGGUACAAAGGAAUGGCAGCCAUUUUACGUGGAUAUCCCGUUCAGUGUAAGCAGUAGAAUCCGCGUGAUUAUCACGGAAAGUCAAAAUAAUCGUCGAUUCGGGAUAUUCCUGUUGUUCGAAAUGCGUUAGAAAAGGUAAAUGUUGAUCAGUGUUGCUUAUCGUGUUCUCGAUAAUACUCGCCGGCUGCACGUGAAGUCUGUGAAACCGAAUGUCGUUCAAGUUCGCUGAACGGGCGUUGAAGAAAUCCAGAUGCGUGCUCGCUAUUCGUGUACACUUUGGUAUUUGUGCUGAACUUCUAGAAUUGUAAAUAUCACUGUCAAUUUGACGAAGAUUUGUUGCACUUAUCGACUGGCAACAUCAUGACGUCAACAAAGUCUAAGGAGAUAGCAGAUGAGUAUAUCUCAUCGCUGUCUGACUUGACGAUCAAUAGCAAGCCAUUGAUUAAUAUGCUUACAAUGCUGGCAGAAGACAACAUUGAACAUGCACCGGCAAUUGUGCAAGCAGUCGAGAAUCAUCUACAAAAGGUGAGAAGUGACAUCAAAUUGCCUGUUUUAUAUUUGAUUGAUUCAAUCGUGAAGAAUGUAAAUGGAGCAUAUUUAAAUCUCUUCACACAAAAUAUUGUAAACACUUUUUGUGGAGUGUUCGAGAAGGUGGAUGAGAACACACGAGCCAGUAUGUGGAAGUUGAGGCAAACAUGGAAUGAUGUAUUCCCUGCGAAAAAGUUAUUUUCUUUGGAUGUACGGGUGCAAAGUAUUGAUCCUGCCUGGCCAAUCACUGCCUCCCCUACUAGUGUUUCUUCAGGAUCUAUACACGUGAAUCCUCGAUUUUUCUCGAUGCCUCAACAGUCUGCAACUACGAUUGUAUCACAACCAAUUGUGGCACCUGUUAAACUGCCUCCGGGUGAUCCCGUAACACCAACGGAAGCAGCAAUGCGGGAGCAGUUACUAAAGAAACAACGAGAAUUAUUAGAAUUACAGAAGAAAAAGAUUGAAUUAGAAUUACUUCAGGCUAAAGCUAAUUUAGAACAACAACAACGGCAGUUGGAUAAGCAAGCGGGAAAUUUGAAAGCAGAAUUGGUUGCAGCUACUACUCAUGUGAUACCGCCCAGCGUGGAUACUAUUACACAAGGAAAGUGUGUUACACCUACAAUACCAGCUCAAACACCAAAACCAGUAACAAAACAGUUUCCAGCAGCGACUGCGUCACUUCUGAAAAAUGCAGGGACGAACAAUGGUCCACGAAUCGCACCGGCUAGUAGUAUAGCAGUAGCGUCAGCUAAGCCUGUGUCUCGUGAUCCAAGAUUAAAGACGACACCAACUCAAGAUGUACCAGUUUCAAGCGUUGAUCCUCGACAGCGAAUAAGUACACCAACUCAAAAGGAUACGCGGGGUGAAGGCCAAACGCAGCUAGCGGCAAAUACAAACACUGUACUUUCAGAUCAAUUAAAACAGCAGUUACUUUCGAAACAGGCUGUGACUAGCACUAUCAACAAGUCUCCAACAAAUCUUGCCGGCUCCGAUACUGCGACGAUAAACGCUAGUAAUAACAAUAAUGCUAAUACGAACCUCAACAAUAAUAAUAACAAUAAAAAUUUCAGUGGUAACGCAAAUAAAGAUGCUGUGUCGCAUCGAACAAGUCAAAAGAAAGACCCUCGAUUGUCUAGUAAUAGUAGUGGUAACCUAAACAGUAAUAGCUUGAAAGGUUCUCAGAUUUCAUCUGAGCUAACUAGUAGUUCUGCAACAUUAUCCGUGAGCUGUAGAGGAAGUGGCAGUAGCGAUUCCAAGGCGAAAGACUCGAAGAGCUCCAACUCACGGAGCUCUUCGUCGUCAACGGUCGAGAAAUCUUCCACUUCCUCGAAGUCCUCGCAUAGGAAAAUAGUUAACAAGUCGCGAUCUAAACAACCUCAGACAUCUCCGAAUAAGAUACCGAAAAUCGACAGAGACGUUAGUCCUGUUAGGUCCAAAUCUCGUGAAAAAGACAGUGGAGACAGUUCACCAUCCUCGCGUACCUCUCCCCAAUCCUUUCAAACCUCUAAAAAUCGAAAGAAGAACACGAAAUCGAGAAAGCGCAGCCCAAGUCCUCCAUAUAGAAUUCCCAGGCGUAACGAUACAAAAUCCAAUUCAAGUGUAAGCAGUUCCGGCGGUGUCACUGAGGAGGAGCAAUCUGGUUCACUGAUAGUCUCUCCUCCUCAUCCACCCGCGUUCAAAGAAAUUCGUCCAAACGCUAGACAAAGAAAUUACGUAAGGCGAAAUAAGGACGGCAGUCUUAGUCCCGAGCGAUCUCCAGCAAAUGCUGGAAACGCUCAAGCUACCGUGGAACCAACUUUGGAGUCAUCCAGCAAAGAUGAAGACUUGAGAGCAUCGCUACCUCUUCCAGGUGCAACUGCUUCUGUACCAGAAAAGAAAGAAGACUUAGAUUUACGUGUGUUGCCACCGCCUGUUAAUACCAACAAGAGGCAAAGUUCGGAACACAUGGAGUCAGCUAUAGCUAAAAAAACCAAGACCGAGAAAUUUGAUGCAUUGUUCGGAAAUGAGGAUGUGGAUCUGCGUACUCUAACUCAUCCUAAAGCUGGACGGCCGCCGACACCUCCUCCGCCUGUAAUAUCGGGUGAAGAUGGCAAAGAUGGAUGGGCGAAAUUGAAAACCCCUUCAAAGAGCGAUAGAGAUAAGCAAGCGAAUAACACCGACGACAAGAGGGAUAGUAGAGACCGGAACAGGGACAGAUUGGGUAGACUCAGGCUUUAUAAUAAGCUUCCUGAUGAUCCUAAAGAAAGAAGAAGAACAUUGUCUAACGAAGACCAAGAUAACAGACCAGGACGACGAGGUCGGGAGAAUGAUAAACCUGAAAGAAAUGAAGAUAGAAAUAUUGAAAUAAUAAUGAAACAGGCUGCCGAACAAUUGAAUCAGGGCUCUAUUACUAAAACGCAAUACAAUACUCUGAUUCAAGAAGUUCUACACAUGAGCGAGGACCGCAAGUUGAGAGCUGCGCAACGUAAAGAGAAGGAAGUAGGUUGUAUCGUUUGGGAGAAAGGUGUAAAUUUGGAUAUAGCCGGUGGUCCGGGAGACCGUGCAUCAACCUUCAGUCCAUCAAGCGAUAAAGAAGUUAUGAGAGGUAAAGAGCAUCCGAUCCCACGAAAUGCAAAUGGCCCAAGGUGGCAAAAUCAACCAUGGCAACAACCGGGACCAUGGGCUCAUCCGCCAGGGCCAGCGUAUGGUCCUCAAGGACACUUCAAUUCGGAUUUCCGACCUGUCGGUCCAUGGCAAAAUCCAAGACAUUUUGGACCAAUGCGUCCAGAUUAUCAGUAUCACGGUGGUUUUAAUCAUAACCUUGGUCCGAAUCCUCGUUUGGGACCCGGCAUUAUCGGACCUAUGGGGCCUAACGGACCUCUGAUGUCGAACCUUCUGCCCAAUGGUCCAAUUGGUCCAAUGGGUAUACCUAAUCCAGCGAUAUCUCUGUCAGGCAUAAAUGGACCCGGAAUGAUGAUGAAUAAUGGGCCAAUAUCAAAUCUUAUGUCAAAUCCAAACAUAACUUCUUUAGCCACGAGAAAUGUAUCGCCAAAUUCAACCUCCAAGUACGACCUUGAGGAUGGCGAUCAAAAUUAUUCCAGUACAAUUGUAAAGAAUACCAAUCCCCAUAGCCGUGAAUUACCACCGCCAGAUCCGAAAUUGUUGGACGAAAUAGCAAGAGAUACUAUGAAAUCUAUAAACAUUGAUAAUAUACCACGUGAAAUUCGAUACUAUGGCCAAACAGGAGUAGUCUUCAUGAAUUGGGAUGAUCCGAGAGAAAUUGGAUUCCAAGACGGUAUAAGACGGAUUUUAAUUGAUGACAAAGAUACUAUAACUUGCGCAUUUAACGAUCAAUACAAAGAAUUUAUGUACGAAGGUGAAGUUCAUAGAAUUAAAUUAGGUGCGCCCACGAGAGAAUUGUAUGUCGAUGAUAGAUGGUACGAAUGUUAUUUCGGUGGUAUGCCUAUAACGAUAGAUUUGGGUGGUAAGAAAGUUAGUAUCAAACUUGAAGGACCGCCGCCACAAGUUAAAAUUGGUACUGUGAAGAGAACAGAUUUGGUGGUUGCUAAAAUUAAUCUGAUUAUCAAUGCGAGGAAUAUGGUUCCCGUCUUUUUAGAUGCGAAGCCACAAAUAUUUGAAAUCGAAGGAAAGCCUCAUACACUCGAAUUUAUAGACUCGUUACAAACUGUUCUACUGAAUGGACGUCCAUUUAAAGUUGAAUUUGGAGGACUGCCUAAGCCUAUCAUUGUUAGAGAUAAAAAGCAUUUUAUAAGGUUUUCGGUAGUGCCAAGAGGAGUUCGGCCAGGUUAUGUUAAAAUUGCUGGCAUGAGAGGCGAAGAACCUAUCGAAUCGCCGCCCACUCCGCCUCUAUUAACCCAGAAACCAAAAGUAUCGGAUACAACUACUGCACCAGCACAAUUCUCGACCGUCGAACCCGAGUCAACGUCGCAAGAUGGUUCUGAUCUUAGAUCUACUCCUAAACCGGACUUGCAAUUGGAUAUGUUGUCUUCGGUAUUACCAUCCGCAAUGGCCCCAGCAUCUGGUCUGUCGUAUCAAGCAGAACCAGCGGAAAAUCCAUCGUCGACUGCUCCAGCAUUAUCGUUACCGUUGAACAUGAACGAGUUGUUCCAGAGACUCGUUGAAACUGGUAUUGUACCAAACCUCUCGGAGCAGAAGAAACCAGAAGAAGAAGAAGAAAAGAAGGAACCGGAAAUUAUCCCCGUCUCAUUCGAUAAGCCAGAGACGCUAAAAGUUAAACAACCAGCGAUCGCAGCAGCAUUAUACAGUGGAAUGCAGUGCAGCUCCUGCGGUGCUAGAUUUGCGCCUGAAUUGGCGACCCGUUACAGUCAUCAUUUAGAUUGGCAUUUCAGACAAAAUAGGCGAGAAAGAGAUUCUGCGAGGAAAGCUCAUUCACGACCUUGGUACUAUGAUGUUAGCGAUUGGAUACAAUUUGAAGAAAUUGAAGAUCUGGAGGACAGAGCACAAAGUUGGUUCGAAACGGAGAAACAAACGGCAGAUACAGAAGGUAUUGCACCAGAAGACUCUCCUCAGGAAACAUUGCAACCUAGUGUUCCUACGGGAUCUGAUGAGGAUUCCAGGUGUCAAGUGUGCCAUGAUGCAUUUGAACAAUUUUACAAUGAAGAGAAGGAAGAAUGGCAUUUAAGACCGGCAAUUAAUUUCGAAGGAAAGAAUUACCAUCCACUGUGUUUAGAGGACUACAAGGAAAAGAGUCUUGUGAGAGCUUUGGAAAAAUCCGCGCUAGCGCUUGAAGAAACCAUUGAAGAAAUGGAGGAUGAAAAGAAGGAAAAUUCUGACGAUACGUUAGUAGAAGAAAAUAAAACUGAAGAGUUAAGCAUGGAAACGUUGCUUCCUGAAAAUGAAACAGCAGCAGAUACCUCCGAUGAAGCGAUGGAAGAGGCUGUUCAGGAAGAAACGUCUGAAGUUAUUCAAAAAGAAGAUGAAGCCAUGAUUGUAGAUAGCAUGGAUAUAGAGCAAAACGAAAAAGUGGAAGAAGAGCAAGAACUGCAAAAGAAUAACGAGGAAUCUAUUCAUGGUGAAGCCAUGGAGAAAGAGGUUGUGCCUACAACCACUGAAACGGAAGAAUCCCAAACAGAGAUUGUAGAUAAACCGUUUGAAAAUAUUAAAAUCAAAGAAGAGCCACUUGACGAGCCCGAGGAGCAGUUGGAAGAAGAACAAUUUGAUUUUGCCAGCGUGGAAGUAAAAGAAGAACCUGUUGAUCCGGAGCCAGACCCAGAAGAGAGCGUAAUUGCUGAACCUGCAUCAGUUGACACAACGUACGCUGCUGUGAAAAGUUCUAUAGAUGGAAAUGUAGAAUUGGAUUCUACGCCGGCAGCGAUUCCAGCGGCGCCGUCUCGUAUUAAGAUUAAUAUUACAAAACCAUUGUGUAUCAACAAAGAACCAGAAGAACCUAAAGAGAAAGAAAAGCCUGGAACCGAGACACCUAUUGAAGAAGUAACAGAACCUUUGGUGCCUGCCUCUAUUAAGCCUGCUUUGCAAGGUAGAAAGUUGUCCAAUUUACCACCCGUGGAACGAGGACAAGAGUUGUCGGGACUCUGCUCGAUCAUGUAAAUAGUACCUGUAAUAUAUGUUUGAGACGUGUAUGCGUGCGAAAGUUUGCGUGUGACUUGGAAUGUACUUUGUGCUUAGCGCUACUUACGAUUUAAGAAUUUACGCGUUGUACAUCACACCGUUGUGCAACUUAUACGACCUGAUGAUAUACCACAGAAUUUUUGUACUUUCCCAUUUUUGUUUCUUAUCGUAUGAUUCGUGUUUUCUUAUGUAUGUAUUAUACAUAUCUUUUUGUUUUUGCAUUUCAUAUUCCCGUUUUUACCUUGAGUAUUUAUAUGUUUCGACUGCCAAUCACGGUAAAAAAAAUUGAUCACAUUCACAUAUCCCUAGUGCUUUUUAAAUAUCAUGUCGUAUAAGUUAUAAUGUAUGUAUAUCGCAAUGCGUGAGUGCGUAUAUGAGUCUGCGAGUAUGUUUAGCUCUUCAUUUUUUAAGUUUUAAUUAAGUUUAAAAGAGAACAAGAACUGUACAUAUUUAAUGUAAUCGAAAUGAUUUAACUAGAGCGAGAUACACAAUGGUAAAGUAGCAUUCCCGAAUAUGAGAAGUGCAAUCGUAUUUCAUGACAGAAACAUGUCAGAAAUGCAUCAUUGAUAUGCACAAGAGACUAAGAAUUUCAUACUGUUUGUACUUUGUAAAAAUAUUCGAAAGGUACUCGACGUGAUUGUUUUCUAGAGGUGUAAUUCUGAUUUCAUUUCACAAGAACGAAAGCAGCAAGAUUCUGCAAGUAACGAGGGAGAGAGAGAACAAGAGAGCGAGAGAGAUAUUACCCAAUUCAGUUAGAUGUACAAAUUGUGUGAUAUAUAAAAUUGUUGAUUAUGAUGUACAUAAAAAUAUCAACAUUAAAAUAAUCGCGACGAUAUUGGGUAAGGAAGAAAAACAGUUACUAUUAGAGGAAGAUUAUUUUGUUGUAUAAAAAGAAAUCUUGUUGAUUAUUCGGGGUCUGACUUCCUUUGGUUGCUUAUUUAUAAUCCUAAAUUUACCUUUCUAAAAAAAUCCCUUAUAAUAGUCGUCAUUGCUGGAAAAAAAAACUUUAGAAGUUUAAAUUUUUAACUAUACAAAAUACUUGAAGAAAUAAAAACGUAUUAAUAAGAAAGUUAUUCUUUAGUUGAGAUUUAUCUCGAUAUCCAAUAAAACUUAUUUUUAGAAAAAAAAAAGAAUAUGUAUUAAAGUUACUGUUUACUCCUUGUCCUUAGUAUAGUGAAACUUUGUAACAUUGAACGUUCACAUUACA